UCCCGCCGCCGCCUCCGCCGCUCCCGGCUGCCAUUUUAAGGUGAACAAAGCGGCGGAGGCGGCGGCAGCGAUGCUGCCCCCCAAACCCUACGACGCCCCCUCCACCCUUUACGGACCCCCGCCUCACCCCUCGGGGGGCGACCCCGCCUGGGCCCCGCCGGGUUCGCUGCUCGCCCUGGACGCUCCGCAGCGCUUCUACCGCUGGUCCUCGCCCCCGGGGCUAGUGCGAGCCCUGGGCGCCGCCGCGCUGCUGCUCUGCAUCGCCGUGUUCGCCUGCGUGGCCUCCACGCUGGCCUGGGACUACGGAUACGGCUACGGGAUUUACGGGAACGGCCUGGGAGGGUUUUAUGGAUCGGGAUAUUACGGCAGCGGGGUGAAUUAUGGAUAUGGAUACGGAGGGUAUUACGGAGGGGUCACCAACCCGCGGGCCGCCAACGCCUUCAUGAUCGCCGCGGCCGUGCUCUGCUUCCUGGCCCAGCUCGGGCUGCUGGUGGCCGGGCUGAGCCGGUCCAGCUCGGUUCGGUCCCGCCGGUUCUACCUGGCGGUGCUGGCCACCAGCGCGGCGCUGGCGCUGCUGGAGUUGGUGGCCACCAUCGUCUACGUGGUGGCCGUGAACCCGCAGGCGCAGAUGGGAGGAGGGGGCUACCUGUACAGCCCGCUGCUGGCCAUGUGCAGCCAGGUGUACGCGGGGGGAACCGUCAUCAACCAGUACCUGUACCACUACUGCAGCGUGGACCCGCAGGAGGUGAGCGGGGAGAGGGAGCCCGGAAAG